AUGGAAGCACCCAUUGGCGCCUCAGACAACAAACUGGGCAUCAUGCAAGACCCAAUGCUCCCACCAGUUCUCGCUUCAAUGCCCACAUAUGAAUUUGAAAGGCCGGUGGAGAUCCCAACUGGGCAAGUGUCCACAUCACACGGCAUGGACACUGCGUCGGUGACUGCUAAUGAAGCAGAACGCAGCAUCUACGACAACUGGCCUCUGAUGCAGUUGUCAUUCCUUCCAACCCCGAGCAAUCAAGAAGGAAGCAACUAUCCAGCCUUCUCAAAUACAUUAGGAGAAGGUUUGGAUGGUCACAAUUUAAGAUCCACUGACGACAGGCAAAUCGUCGCAACUCAGUGCUCCGGGGAUCUCCCUGUUGAGCAUGGUCACAGCGAACCCAACGUAGAUGGAAGGGCAUAUGAGUCUAUGGCAGAGCCGUAUGCCAGUGCAGUAACAUGGACAAACGAUUCCAUGCAGCUGCCCAUCGCACCGGAGCAGCCUACUCCGAGCACGUCCCAAAUACAAGGUCACAUCCCCAACUGCAUGGGGGGCCUCGGCCUCAGCGUCACGCGUGAACGCAAGAGGUGGCGGAAAGACAAGGGUAUUCGGUUUGUCAAUCUAUCCAGCACCUAG